AUGGCCCCUUGGCGCCACUGCCUCCUCUACUUCUUGAUCUGGAGUCUCUCUGGGGCACCCUCCACCCCUCCAGCGGCCCCAGGUGAGGUGGUGGAGACGGCAGCUGGGGUGUGCAAGUUCCCAGAGCAGAGACUAAGCUGGUGGCAGGCCCAAGAAUCCUGUGAGCAGCGGUUUGGCCAUGUGGCACUGGGGCCCCCAGAUGGGGUCCUCGCUCUGCAGCUGCACGACCAAGUCUGGAUGGGCCAGAGCCAGGCUACUCUGCAGCGGCCCCCACAGAGGCGCGCGCGCACUGUGGCCGCUCUGGUGUUCGGUGAGAAGACAGCAGACAGGGCGGCGUGGCUGCGGAUGCCCCUGCCAACGCUAGGGGCGCUUACGGCGUGCGCUCAUGUGCAGUGGGACACCACCUCGCCAGACAUUGCUGCUGUCUUCUCUCUCGCGGUGCCCAAGCUGGCAAACGCGCUGCAACUGCGCGCCUUCGCAGAGCCCGGGGGCGCCGUGCACGCCGCGCUUGUGGUGCGCAGGCACCACACGCCCUUCCUCCCAGCCUUUCGCUCCGACGACGGUUGGCACCAUGUGUGCGUCACGUGGGAAGAGCAGGGCGGGCGCUGGGCCGUGUUCGCCGACGGGCGGCGGCGCGCGGGGCCUCAGGGUCUAGCUGUGGGCCACCCGCUACCGCCCGGCGGCGUCCUCGUGCUGGGCCAAGACCAGGACUCUCUAGGCGGCGGCUUCUCCGAGCGAGACGCCUUCAGCGGCAACCUCACUGACUUUCAUUUGUGGGCGCGGGCGCUGAACCCCGCGCAGCUACGCCAGGCAAGGACCUGCGCACCACCCCCCGGCGGCCUGCUCUUCCGCUGGGACCCGGGGGCCCUAAACGUCACCCCUUCGCUGCUGCCGACAGUGCGAGUGCGCCUUCUCUGUCCCGUGCCCACGGAGGAGUGCCCGACGUGGGACCCAGGACCCGGCACUGAGGGCUCUGAGCCCUGCCUGCAGCCGCAGCCGUUCCUCUGCUGCUACUCAGCAGAGACCUAUCGGCACCUGCAAGAUGCCCAGUCGUGGCCUGGCCAGGAUGUUAUCAGCCAAGUCAAUGCCUUGGCCAAUGCCACCGUGCUGUCUUCUGACCCCCUCUCUGAAGUCCACGGGCCCGUCACUGGCAGUAAGGCCUCCCACUUCCUGGGCAUCCUGAAGACAGCCCUGGCAGAGGAGGUAGCCCCACUGGGGCAAGCUGCGCUACUGGCUGUUGUGCACUUUCUGAAGAGGGUGACGGCCCUUGGGGCUGGGGAGCCUGAGCUCCUGACUGGGCCCUGGGACCAGCUGGGCCAGGAUGUCCUGUCUGUGGUCAGCCUGGUCCUAGAGGAGCAGUUGGCCAACACAUGGCUGUCAGUCAGCGAGGUAGUUGGUGGACCUAUGGCCCUGGUGGCAAGUGUGCACAACCUGGCACCCGUGCUGAGUACCAUACUGUCCUCUGAGCGUCCCCAAGUGCACAUCCAGCACCGCCAUGCCGCCCUCUCUGGAGUCACCGUGAUCCACAGCUGGUUCACCUCAAGUGUCUUCCAGUACACCCUUGGGGGGCCUGGCCUAGAACCUCAGGCCCCUAACAGCUCGGAGGAGGCAGACAGGAUGCAGAGGUUCCUAAGCACACAGGUGGGGUCAGCCAUCAUCUCCUCUGAUGUGUGGGACACCACUGGGGAGGUCAGCGUAGCUGUCACCUUUCACCUGAAACAUCAGGCUCAGUCUUUCCCCUGCUUCCCACCCUCAUGGCCACCCUGUUUGAGAGCCCCCUCUGUUCCAAGCCCAAGCACAGGGGGUUCCUGGGCCACCACUGGCUGCUCUGUGACCACCCUAUACCAGGACUCCACUGCCUGCUUCUGCAACCACAGCACCAACUUUGCCGUCCUGUUACAGGUGUAUGACAUCCAGAGAGGCCCUGAGGAGGAGUCACUGCUGAGGACUCUCUCAUUUGUGGGCUGUGGUGUGUCGUUCUGUGCCCUCGCUACCACCUUCAUGCUUUUCCUGGCAGCCAGGGUCCCCAAGUCAGAGCGAGUCACGGUCCACAAGAACCUCACCUUCUCCUUAGCCUCUGCAGAGGGUCUUCUUAUGGCCAGCGAAUGGGCAAAGGUCAACAAGGUGGCAUGCUUGGCCAUCACAGCUAUGAGGCAUCUCCUCUUCUUGGUCGCGUUCUCCUGGAUGCUGGUGGAGGGACUGCUGUUGUGGAGCAAGGUGGUGGCUGUGAGCAUGCGCCCAGGCCCAAGAAUGAGGCUCUACUAUGCCGUGGCCUGGGGCAUGCCUAUGGCAGUUGCCAUCACCCUGGCCGUGUCCCCCCAUGACUACGUGGCUACUGGGCACUGCUGGCUCAACGUGCACACAGACACCAUCUGGGCCUUUGUGGGGCCAGUGCUCUUCGUGUUGACUGUCAAUACCUGCAUCCUUGUCCGCGUGGUGAUGGUCACUGUGUCCAGCGCCCACCGCCGUGCCCGCAUGCUGAGCCCCCAGCCUUGUUUGCAGCAGCAGAUCAGGAACAAGUUAUGGGCCAUGGUGAAGCCAGUGCUGGUACUGCUGCCUGUCCUGGGCCUGACCUGGCUGGUCGGCAUCCUGGUGCACCUCAGCCCAGCCUGGACCUAUGCUGCCGUGGGCCUCAAUUCCUUCCAGGGGCCGUACAUCUUCCUGGUCUACGCCGCCUGCAAUGGGGAGGUCCGGAACGCCCUGCAAAGAAUCACGGAGCAGAAGGCGGUGGAGGCGUUCACGGUGCGGGCCUUCGCGGGGUCGGGUCCCUGGGAGGCAGCCCAGCGCAGCCCGGUGGCCUUAUCCCCAGCCUGGAGGCCUGUGGCUGCCAAAGGGACCCACGGCCCCAGAAUCCCCACAACCUUCUCCUCCAUUGCAGAGCCCAAGAAACCGGCGCAGCACGUCUGCGGGAACAAGAGAGCCGCAGCAGCGCCUCUGCGCUCAAGUGAUGGCGCCUUUGUCUUCAUUGAAUGGCUGCAACCCACGCUGGUGGCCUGA